AUGCCCAACGACGAUCUUUCCUUUGACAGCGCAAACUCUGACCGUUCCAAAGAAUUCACUGCAAGUCUUGAAAGUGGCGCCGGAAUAGAUUCCUCCACCAAUCCUCCUCAGAACAGCGAAAAGUCUUUGGAUUCUGUCAAACCCAAAAAGACCAUGAAGCACCUUGGAUAUUGCGAAUCAAGACGCGUCGAGUUCAGUCGCGAAAAUUUAAUUUAUUGCACGUUUGCCCCCGGGCUGCAAUUCGAGUGGAACUACUCUCGGCGAUACCCCUGGCAACCUGAACCCGGAUCGUUCCACGAGUUCGAAAAUUGCGAUUUUUUUCAGUUGCGCAACGACGUGAAGAAGAUUCGCGACUGGAACCAGGCCAACAAGGAGAAAGAUCCGGAAGACCCGAUCAUAGCCGCGUGCAAUGACUUCCUCGAAAUGUACAACAACCGCGAGGACAUGCCCUCGAAAGAGGUAUACCUUGCGUCGUUACAGAUCGAGGAGAAACACUCAUUGUCUGAUGCAGAACGAUUGCUGGCUGCAGCCUUCAGUAGCAGCCCCGAUACUAGUGGCGGGUCGGCUACUCUCGACCGGGAGUCAAACCAUGACACGGAGAGGGUACCAAUGGUGGUGUACUCAUACAAGGCAGAAACCAUGAUCUAUACGUUUCUUUCGAUAGAAAUGCUGAGAGAGGGCUUUAGCACGUGGGGAACAAACAAUAAUAUAGCGCAGCGUGGCUUUGCCAAUUCGACGCGCUGGUCGCAGCUUCUUGGCGAACCCCUAGGUUUGUUGUCAUGCCACAGCCAAAAGCUAGCACGAACAAAGUCGGGCAUCGCCCAUAUAAGUGAUCCCGAGCUGAUACCGCUGAUAAUCCCGUCUGACCUCGGAAGGGACAUGACUGGUGCGGCCAAGGCCACCACAAGUAUCAUCACGACAUUGACAAUCUGGCAUCCCGCACCCACAAGAACCAUUUAUUCUCCAUUGAGCUUAUCGCCAAGAAUCAUGGACGGAAAUCUUCCUCCCCUUACUGGAAGUGGUACUGCUGCGCCCAGUAUCGUUGUGAAUUCAUCGAUGGAGGAAUCUCAGCUCACUGUUGGUACCAACGCCUGGAAAGAUAUAUACGGGAACUGGCAUGCCAACAGGUCAUACGACACACCUACGCCAAGCCCAGUGGGAAGCAGAGCCGAGACGACCGCGUCGAAGUCCGAAUCAUAUGUGAAUUCCAGAGGAUAUGAAUCGGAUGAUGACAUCGAUCUCGCAGCCGAUCUAAAAGAGGCGAUGACCGUCGAGGAAGCAAAAGCCAUUCUAGAAGUCUCGGCGCUUCCGUCAGACUACAAGUUCGUUUUUGCUCUAGACCCGUCGAACCGUAAAGUCUACUUCGUCGUCAAGGGGCAGGAAAAACUGUUUGGACCCGGAGAGGAACGCAGCACGCUCGAGACUCGCUGCAAUGUCACAAUGCGGCUUGAAGAGCGCCCUAUCAGGGAACGCGCUCUGGAUCGCCUGAUCUAUGACCACAUGCUUGGGUUAGAGGAGGACGAUUGGGUGCAUAGUGAGAACUGGGAUGCAUAUUUGCAACAGCAUGAGGAAGAAAGGGAGGGGUACUCACCGGUUAGUGAGGCGGACUCGUCGGAUGAUGAGGCGGAAUACAUGUGCACAGACGCAGGCUCUCAGAUCUUGGUUGGCGAUAGUAUGGCAACUUUGAGGCCGAUCCAGCCGCGGAAGCGCGGACGUUCGACCAGCCAAGAUGCCCCUCGGAAGAAGGCUCCUAAUGAGACGGAAACAUAA